AUGGAUGAUCCAAAUGCUGAUACGGAAUGGAACGAUAUUCUUCGUGCUCGAGGAAUUCUUCCUCCAAAAGAGGGUCCGACAGAAGAAGAAAUACUAGAAGCCAUGGAUCAAGCUGUCAUGGAAAAACAAGAUAAGCAUUUGGAUGAUAAAACAUUGGAUGAAUUAGAUGAAUUAGAGGACGAAGAGGAUGAACGUAUAUUAUUGGAAUAUAGACAGAGAAGGAUAGCCGAAAUGAACGCUGAAGCUUUACGAGCUAAAUUUGGUGAAGUAAUUCAAAUAUCGAAACCUGAUUUUGUAAGAGAAGUAACUGAUGCUAGUAAAGAAGUUUGGAUGGAAAAACCAGAUCCAAAAACCAUUCCACAACAAAUAGACUAUAAAAAAAACAAUUACAAUAAUUAUUUUCUUCGAAAACUUAAAGAUCAACCUUUGAUACCUUUCGGCAUGACUUUAACAGUUUUAGCCCUACUUGGAGCAACAGUAGGAUAUCAAAGAGGUGACUCGAAAACUAUGCAGAAAUUUUUAAGAUUUCGUGUAUUUGCGCAAGGAUUUACUGUAGUAGCAGCCGUUGGUAUACCAGCUUAUUAUCAACUAACUCAAAUGACAGAUCAAAACGAAACAAUUUCAAAUAGUGAGGGUGGCUCUUGUCCGAUAGCAGAAACUCCUUAUUCAACUUUGUCUCCGGAAAUAAAAAAGCGUAUAGAGGAGAAUCGUCUCAAAGCAAAGGCCAUACAACUGGAGAAGAAAUUGCAGAAUGGCUCCGAUCGAACUUCUCAAACACUAAUUGACCAGCAAAAUACAGAAUCGACGACUAGCACGAACGCAAGUAAUAGUGAGGAAAAACUGCGCCCGAUGAAAAAAUUUCAGAAUUAUGUGGAUUAUGAUUUUUCUAAAAUGGAAAAUACACGAGGUGGAUUUUUACUUGAAGAUUCAGUUGAAAAUUCAAAAAAACGAAAGCUGACAGAACCCGAACCAGAAGAUCCACCAAUCAAUCCUAUUCUUUCUGAAAAUCCGAGAUGCAAAGAAUGUAAAUCUGUAGAAAUAGAUUAUCAAUUUCAUCGGACAUUUCGCAUAAAUAUCUGCAAAACUUGCAAGGAAAAGUUUCCUGAAAAGUAUAGUUUACUAACAAAGACUGAGGUAAAAGAGGAUUACUUAUUAACAGAUGCCGAAUUAAAGGAUGAAGAAAGUUUACCACAUUUAUCAAAACCAAAUCCACAUAAAUCGACUUGGAAUGAUAUGAUGUUAUACCUUCGGGAACAGGUGGAAGAAUUCUCCUUUAAAAAAUGGGGUGGUGCUGAAGCACUUGACAAAGAAUUUGAAAAACGUCAAAAUGAGAAAAAAAAGAGGAAGGAUAAAAAAUUUAAAUCAAAACUUGCAGAUCUCCGAAAACGUACAAGAACUGAAGAGUUAGAAAAGAAUAGGUACCGAGAACAUAAACAUGAGUUCGGAAUGGCGGUUGAAGAUCCUGAGACUGGAGUGUCAACACAAACAUGUAGUUCAUGUGGGAUAAGCGUCGAAGUUGUUUUGUUUUAA